AUGCGGUACAAGUGAAUAUCACACUGAGCAGGGCCAACAUUUGCACGAUGGCUUCGUUCAAGCCGAGUGACGACACGGACGUAAUGCCGCUAGUGUUACGCCUGCUGCAGGUCAUCGGAGUGUGGGACGUGCAACGGUAUCGCUAUAGGUACGUCGCGGUGUUUCUGUUCUACGUUUUCGGCAUUCUCAUCCCCAAACUGUGUUUCGGCUAUCCGACGCUGGAAACAGCAAUAGCCGGUUACACCGAGCUGAUACUCGAGACGAACGUGUUUGCCGGGAUGUUGCUGUUUUAUCAACGAUGCGAUCACUUCGUACUGUUGGUCGACGAAUUACGAGCGUUCGCAGCUAUUGGUAAGAGUAGCGAAGACGACUGCUGUUCGGAGGUAAUUCUUUGUGUGCCAGUUUCAUAUCCUCUGCUCUCCUCAUCUUGUUAUAGUAUUUCAAGACAAUCAACCAAUGUUUCUGAGGACCAACCUGACGGAUCUGAACCUUCGCAUCCACAAGUACACCUUAUGCUACUGUCUCUACAUGUGCUUCUUCUGUACGGUGUACUGUGUUGCACCGUUGGGCAGUAACAUUGCCGGCUACACCGCAGCGAUAGCAGACACGGCGAGCAACAGCAGCACCACGUUCACCUUUACCCUCUACCUCGAGCAGGGAUUCUACUGGCUGGACAAUCGUACCUCGCUGCUUGGGUACUGCGUCUGUACCGUGUUCAUGUUUCCACUCAUGUACCUCUGCGCCUACACCGCAACGGUGAAGGUUGUGGCUGUUUUUAACAUGAUAAAGUACUGCCAAACGGUGCUGCGAAUUGUAGUGCUAAAGCUUCGUCUACUAAAGACACUGCCAGACGUACGCCAGCGAUCCGACGGGAUGUCUGAGGUAUGGGUACUUCAUCAGAGAGCGCUUCGCUGUGCCGAACUGCUGGAGCUGGUACUUCAGCCACUCCUGCUCAUGCAGUUUGUGCUGUGCAUCUUGAUCUGGUGUAUGAUGCUGCUUUACUUCACCGUUUCUGGCAUCAAUGUAAAGUUUAUCAACAUGUUUCUGCUCUUUCUGUUCGUGUCGAUAGAAACGUUUGGCUAUUGCUAUCUCGGAACGCAGCUCUCGCAGGAGGUAUGUACCGUAGCAUUGAAAUUUACUCUCUUGCAGCUCUGUUUUGCUUUUUCAUCCUCACAGAGCAUCAACAUCGGUCAGGCACUGUACGCUUCCGGCUGGUACGAGUACGAUGUGCAAAUGCGUAAAUACAUCAGCUUCAUGAUUAUGCGAUCGCAGCGCCGGGUAGGGCUAACGGCGGCCAAGUUUUGCUUCGUCGAUAUGGAGCAGUUCGGAGCGGUGUGUGCCAUCAGUUUGUAGAUUAGAGGG